AUGUCUACCUCGACCCCCAAAGCGCGUGGUAAUCGGUCACCUUUGGGGGCUGCUACCCCAUCUGGAGAUACAACAUUGACAGGUCUCCAACGUCUCCCUGGCCACACGCGCUACCCACUUACACCAAGUCGACUUGUUACUGUAGCGACCCCAGGCACCCAGCGGUCUGCUUCUCGAUACACACCACGCGCCAGAGGUGGAGGUGCGCCAGCAACACCAUAUGGACUACGUGCCCGUCAACAACGAGCAGCUAAUACUCCUGGUCGUGAUCGUCGACGCAGCGGUCGAGUGCAGCGUGAGACUACAUUCGAUAUUCUGAGAAACCUGGGCAGAGCACUUGCUCCUAUAUCUGAACCUAUCCGCUCUUCGCCUCAGGAGAAGCCAGAACCCAUCCCAGACCCAAUCGAUGAAUUCGAACAGUUUGACAAUGAACCAGACAUAGAGCGACCACGGUUGUCUCUACCAAUCCAGGAGUCCGAGGAAGAAGAUGAAGAUGCCAGUCCUGAAAUCCACCCCCGAGAAUGUCUCUCGCACGCGAGCUUCAGAGAUCGCGACCGAUUAUCGAUGAUGAGUCGUGCUACAGGUCGGAUCAGUGGAGAUUUCGAGGAUACACGACUAGAAAGCGAUGGUGCGGAUGAUACUGGUGUUAUCGGUGAUGAUUAUGACGCGGAGGACACAAUGAUCAGUGGGGGCGACUUUGAUAAGGGGGGAGAGACGGAAGACCUGGGCCGCUUCCAUUUUGACCUAAACUUCCCAUCUCCUGCGGCUGCUCCACUUGAGGAUCCCGUUGGCGGGGAUAUUGACGACAUGGAAGACUUCGAGCUGUCCACCGCGGAUGUUGACCCGCUCCCGGCCCAAUCAGACGAUGAUGACGACGAUGACGCUGGAGGUGACUUUGGUUUCGGUCUUGACCUUGCACCCGCGGCAUCCCCCAGUGAGAGCCCUGGCAUCGUUGGAGGUGGAUUGCGAGAUGAAGCCAUUCCAACCCAGGGCAAGCAAAAGAAGAUCUCCAGGCACGGAAUUCCUGUCCCAAACUUGCCUGCAGGCGUGGUCAAAAAGCUAGCAACUCGCUUCGCGCGUUCGGGAGCUGGCUCGAGGGCAAAAAUCAACAAGGCGACGCUGGCUGCAAUCGAGCAGGCAUCCGCGUGGUACUUUGAGCAAGCAAGCCAAGAUUUAGCGGCAUAUUCAAAGCAUGCAGGACGGAAGACCAUUGACGAAAGCGACGUCACAACAUUGCUAAGAAGACAACGCCAUAUCAACAACUCAACGACAGUGUUUUCCCUCGCCCAAAAGCACCUACCCAAAGAACUUCAACAAGACAUGAGAUUGGCCAUGCCUCCAUGA